UAUGAUUUAUACUGGCAAAGCUAAACAAGUGCACGGGAAAAAUUAAAUGAACUCAAUAAUGUAAUUUGUAAUUUUGCUGUUCAUUCACUAACUAUAUCGGAAAAUACCUCAAGCAACAGUAUUUGAAUACAUCGAGAAAAAAAAAUGACAUGCAACAAUGCCCAUGAACUCUAGAACCCAUGUAUUUUUAAGUAAGACUAGGGAAUCCCCAGACAAGGAAGUAAUACUACGCAAUGGCGUCAAACAUAUGUGAGGAAAUCGAAGAGUGCCCACAAGACACCGAUAGAGAAUCCCAUCACAGAGGUACAGUCCAUGAACGACUGAUUCCAGAAAAUAGACUGUCCCUACAGCAACCAGAGAACAAAACGAUUUUAACAUACAUCAUUCCAUUCCAGCCCAAAGAUGCAGAUGGAGUUUGUUUUGCAAUGUUUUUGCUUGUUUGUUUUAUAUGUAAUUUUCCCUUCGCCAUUUUGGCAUUCAGAUCAUCUUAUCUUGCACUGAGCAGUUACAGACAUAAUGACGAGGUUGGAGAACUUAGACACGAGUGGUGGACACAUGUUUGGAUUUAUUCAGCCUUGAUCUCUCUUUCGUGUUACGUCUAUAUCACAUUAUUUACUCUUUUAGUAUAUGAAAAAUGAAUGUAUUAAUACUAUUUACAUGUUUCAUGUGUAUUCAUCCUUAUUUGAUCGAAAGAGGAAUUACUGUACUUCUGGAAUUAGCGUUAGAUUAAUCCUACCUAUCAGAAACACCUCCAAGAUUUUUCAGCAUGUCUGUCCACAAUUUUAACUUUUUUUUAUGAUUUUAUAUGUUCUUUAUCAAUAGUUCUGAAUUUCUCAGAUUGUCAGCAAAAAGGUUAUCACACCCAUGUUGACUUCAAGGCUUAAAUUAUGUGACAGCCUAUAUCAAUAAUUUUUACACAACCAUAUGUAUAUUGCUGAUUAACAACUUUUCUUUUAAUUUUAUCAACAUUUGAUUGAUUGAUUUUUGCUGUGUUACGCCAAGUCGGCAAUAUUUCAGUCAUAUUUCGGCAGUUAUCAACAUUUGAUUUCGAGGAAAAUUAAAAAGUAAAUUGCUCAAAUUUUUCGAAAACGGAUUUGCGGAGUUGGUAAGGGUAUAUGAUUGAUGAAGCUGUGAUUUAAGAAGUGAUUUGAUUAAAGUAAUUUUCCCAAUUGAUGUUGUUUUCUUUUUCUCCAUUGUUCUAUAAUUGAUUUUAUUUUAAAGAUAUACUAGCUGAAACUCCGCGCAAGUGCGAAGGAAGUUCAUUUUUUACUGCUUACAGAACUAUUCCAAAAACUAUCUUUCAUAUUCUACUAAGAGUUUAUUACACAUGCAGGAAUAUAGUAAGACGAAAUACUUCAAAGUACCGCAAUUAGUUAAGAAGCAGAAAAAGGUAAUUUUUAGAAAUACAGUCCCUUACAUUUUGGUUUUUUACUUCUACAAUUAUCAAUUUCUUAAAAGACCUCUUCUUACAUGUUUCAAAGCAACUUUAUUCUGUUGUACUAUGUUUUGUACACGAUGUACAGAGUACGGGCACAGGUAUUCUCCGGAUAUUCAACCCUGGGGCUUAUUGAACACUUUUUUUCAUAAAUUAAAUUUAUUACACUUAUUCAUCAUGUGUACUAUAGGGAAAAAAACGUACAAACCCUAAAACAAUCGCUCCACAAAAAAUAUCCCACUAUUCAUUAUAAGAGAGACUCUUAGUUUAAUUGCGGUAUUUAAGUAUAUGGCGUAUCUGAGCUAAAAAUAAAAAAAAAAUGGAGAUUUAAGUGUAGAUUUACAUGAUACGAGCUUCCCAUCAAAUAUUUUUGCAUGAACUACGGAGAAAAAAUGUUAACAAUUUCAAAAGUACAAUAAUACAGAUCAGGACAGAGCAAAAAGGAACAGAAAUUGAAAAAAAUCAGAGGAUGGAUCAUGUGCAAUGGAGGAGUACUGUAAGCGAAGGAGUGAAGAAAUUGUGGAAGAUGGAGAAUGCGAUGGUGUUGAUUUUAUUGAGUGUUAUUAGUUUGACAAUCUCCAUCACAUCAGGAGCCUUCGUGAUAAAAGAACUAGAAAACCCAAAUCCUAAUGAUGAUUUUUCACUUAUGUCAAAGUAUGGAUCUGACAUGAUUAUUGUAGGUGGGACAAACUAUAUUCAUAGGGUCUUUUCUGGCAAUUUAAGCAUAGAAACAUCAAAGCAAAUAGGACCAAAAUUGGACAACCCCAACUGCCUGAAUCUAGAGAAGGUUACAUGUACUAAGGUACUGUAUAACAGUUAUGUCAAGGCUCUUCUUAUAAAUAAGAAAACGGAACCACAGCAAGAUGAAAUCAUCAUCUGCACAAGUUUAUUUCAGGGGAGUUGUGAAAAGCGGAAUGCAUCAAACCUUGAAUUGCUUCCAAAAUCUUAUGAGAAUACAGUGAAUCCUGUAGUUGCUAACAAUAAGACAGCCACAACUGUGGCCUUCCUGGCACCGGGGCCCAAAGAUACCACCGCCAUGUAUGUAGGAGCAUCCUGGACAAACACAGGAUUGCGAGCCAUUCGUGGUCUUGUACCAGCACUUAGCAGCAGAAACACUGAGGAUUUUCAAUUCACACACUUUAGCAUUGCAACCAAGUCUUACACAAUGUUGGAUGAAAUAAAUAAGGACUCCUUCCCUAUUCGGUACAUUUAUGGGUUUGCAUCGGGUAAUUUUAGUUACGUUGGGACAGUUCAAAAACCCAGUAUUGCUACUGAGGGUUACAUUUCUAAAUUGAUAAGGGUGUGUCUUUUUGAUGAGCACUUUUACUCCUAUGCAGAAAAUGCCUUCGAAUGUCAACAUAACAUGGAGACGUACAAUUUGUUACAAACAGCUUAUGUAGGCAAACCUGGCUCUCAUUUGGCCGCAUCUCUACAAAUUCAAGAGGAUGAAGAUGUAUUAUUUGGAAUGUUUGGACACGGAACCUCAAAUGACCUCACAAAUAGCAACGGGGAAUCUGUUUUGUGUAUUUAUCCAAUGCGUUAUGUAAAACAAGUAUUCACUCGAAAUAUAAGGAGAUGUUUUGAUGGCAUUGGCAGAACUGGGCCGGACCAUAUUGCUACUCCCAACAACUGUCAGAAAACGACUCUCGUCAUAGGAGAUGAAUAUUGUGGACAAUAUGAUUUCAAUAAUCCAGUCAAUGGUCCAGAAGCAAUCAAGGCUAGCUUAGCCAUCAGUGUUAAUUCCACAGCUUCAUCACUUAUAGUGACUACAACAAACGCCGGAUAUACUGUUGCAUUUGUCGGUACCAAGACUGGGCAUAUAAAAAAGAUUGUAAUCGACUCUGGUAAUUAUGCUAAGGAGUACAAAGAUAUGGUAGUUGAAUCAGGAUCACAGAUUCUUAAGGACAUGUUUUUCGAUGAUAAUAAGAGACAUCUCUUUGUUUUGACAACAAAGAAGUUACUGAAGCUAGUGGCCCAGAGCUGCAAUCAGUACACAACUUGUGAGGAAUGUAGGGGAGCUAAGGACCCGUACUGUGGAUGGUGCUCGUUAGCUAACAAAUGUACAUUAGCAGAGGACUGUUUGGAAUUCAAUUCUCCCUUGAAAUGGAUGGUCUACGAUGGGGAGACGUGUACAAAAAUUAUACAAGUUUACCCUGACAAAAUUCAAAAAGACAACAAUAUGACAAAAACCACCAGCCUUACAUUAAGAAUUUCCAACCUGCUUACCUACAAUGGAUCGUACAAGUGUGCAUUUGAAGGCUAUGACAAUAAGAUAGAGACUGUCGCGACCAGGAGUAGUGUUAAUGUUGUGAAAUGCGACACUCCAAUGCCCAACGAAUUGCCUCCAUUUCCAAAUGGAACAGAUUACAUUACAAUGAGGCUGUCUGUCAUAAUCACGGAAGUAAAAUUUGUGUCCACCAACUUCACAUUUUUUGAUUGUGAAGUACACACCAAACACUCAUGCUAUAAAUGUACUUUAAGCAGUUUCAACUGUACUUGGUGCAUCAAAAACCAUCUGUGUACUCACCAUCCUGUAAGAGACUGUAGAUCUAAUGAUGACUUCAUAUUAGGACAAAAUAAUACUGGGAUGUCUAUACCUAAUGAAAGUGGACCAAAUUUUUGUCCCAGUAUGGAUCCCAGCAAAUAUCACAACAUACUGGUGCCAUCCGGAAUAGAGAAGACGAUCAUUCUUAACCUUAUCAGGAUAAAGCCAUAUCAGAGGCCUAUCAAGUGUGCGUUUGCAUUCCAUUCCGAGACAGAGCCACAAGGAGUGAUUGCAGAAGUGUUUGUCAUGCCAGUGAUUGUGAUGAUCAGAUGUAAAAAGACCAGAUUCUUUUACCCAGGGGAUUCAGAGAUUUACAAUGUACCAAUGACGAUCCUGUGGGGUGACAAAGUACCCAAACCUUUAGACAAUCCCCAUAAUGUACAAGUUAUCAUGUACAAAUGCGAGAAUAUGGCUGAUACAUGUGGAGAAUGUCUAACCCAGAAAGAAGAAUACGUAUGUGGAUGGUGCAGAACGGCAAAUCAGUGCAGCGUACAGUCUUCAUGUAUGUCUGGGGACUGGUUACCCAACACCUCCAACUGUCCAAGCCCCAUUAUAACAAGGAUUUAUCCACUUACUGGCCCUAAAGAAGGCGGGACCCUGCUGACUAUAGAAGGCAGAGAUUUAGGAAAAUCCUAUGAAGACAUUGACAACAACGUGGACAUAGCAGGAGUUCUAUGCUCUCCUAUUCGCACAAAAUAUGUCAUAUCCAAGAAGAUUGUUUGUACGACUGGUCAGUUUAUUGGGAAGGAAGAGAGGUCAGACAGAGUGAGAGUAACUGUAGCAUUAAAACUAACAGCUGAGUCCAAACAAAACUUUACCUACGUGGAUCCAGAAAUUACAGAUAUCACACCUGUCCAAGGUCCCAAGUCAGGUGGCACAAAGGUCACUAUAUUUGGAAAAGAAUUAGACUGUGGAAGUGAAAGAAAGGCAUACUUUGGUCGCUCUGAAUAUGAAUGCAGAAUUGAUACUAAAAGCAUAACAAAAUCAAAGAUAACCUGUGAAACAGCUCAAGCUAACAAGAAAGGGUAUACAGAGGAGUUAUACAUGAUGUUUGAUAACCAGCUGGUUAAGAGUGACCUCGUCUACAAAUAUGUGGAGGAUCCUACUGUUUCAGGAGUGGACAGGAGAAUCUCUAUUGUCAGUGGAGGAUUGAAAGUCCUGGUCAAAGGCAAUGGUUUCCUUCCAAUCCAGAAUUCGUCUCCUAAACUAAUCUUCUACAGUCCUGACCGACUCAAGGAUCCCUAUUACGGAGUAUGUAAAGUCCGUGAUGAUGUUACAAUGGAAUGCAGAACCCCACAAGUGGAGUCAGCAUUGAUCACGAAGAAACCUAAUUCACAAGACCAGCAGGGCUUGGCUUUUGGAUUCAUAAUUGACAAUGUCCAGAAUAUACGCAAUAUCAGCGCCACACACAAUGAAUUCUUCCAAAUUUACCCUGACCCAGAUAUCAGUGCUUUUCCUAAUGACAAAAUUAAGUAAUUUUAUUGGAAGAGCAAUGAAUUCUUAACAAUAAGUGGGAAAAACCUUGAUCAACUGCGAUUAGAAAAGGAUGAUGUUGAGAUAAAAAUAGGUAAAAGUGAAUGUAUUGUAACAUCCACUGGAAGUCAAUUAACCUGUCGACCACCGAAGAAACGUCCAACCCCCAUGAAGGGUGGCCAUUAUCCAGAGGUGGAGGUUACAAUUGGAAGAAAUCUGACAUUCUUUGUGGGUUAUCUGAAGUAUGAAGAAACAUAUCGGGCUUUACCCCCAUGUUCGGACAAAAUUCUACAGUGUUAAAUUUUACCAUUUAGGGACACUUCAGCAGGAUGAUUUGUUUGAGAGAAUCUUCAGCACAGUCCACCGACUCACUGCUGUCCCUUUAGCCACGAAGGAUGACCAAUUGUAGAUCUCUUUCACAGCAUUAUGGAUACUAUGGUUGUCCACACAUGAAAGUCCAAUGAGUGUUUGUUCAACAUUUUAUAAAAGACCAUGGUCAAAGAAAGGAUCAAUGAUAAAUCCUGGUUUAUGUUUGCCAAGUUCGGAUCCCAGCUUUACGGACCUUCACAACAUCAGACGGGAUCAGGUGCCAUGAAAGAGCAAGCUACACGACUUGUUCCUUGAGGAACCUCACUUUGAUUCUAUUUCAAGCAUUUACGAGAAGGAAAUACAGAUUUAAAGGAAGUCCUUUGCCCAUUUAUUAAAUAAAAUCAUGAGGAAAUUAUUGGUCAAGUGCUACAUAAUAAACAAAGCCUACGCUAUCUUGAUCAGAAUGCGGUAUAUCAAACAUGAACACAGGCAAUCCAUACAAUGCUGGGUAUAACCAGGGACCGACAACUUACCAGUCUGUGUCGCCAGGCUACCAACAUCAUUCAGGCGCUAAAGUGUAUGGUUCUACACAAGUUGUCACCAUAACACAAACACCUACGAAUUGGCUCUGCCCCGCCAUUUUUUCCUGUUUGUGUUGCUUUUGGCCUUUAGGAUUAGUUGCGAUCUUCUACGCUUGGGAGGCCAACCAGAGAGUAGAGAGGAAUGAUUUACGUGGUGCUGAACAAUCUGCCUCUUGUGCCAAAACCUUGACAAUUACAUCCAUUUUCAUCGGACUCGUCACAGUGGGAGUCGUGUUAGCUUUAUAUUUCACGAAUGUACUGACUUUCCAACAAAGAAUCAACCCGUAAAAGAAACUGCGAUUGGCAAUGAGAUAGACAUAAUUUCACUUCCUUAAUCAUUUUGAGAUAUUGCCAAGUAUGAGUACCAUUUAUCAAGGUUCUGCUUACGCUUAAGAAGUUGAUUUCAUAUAUAAAGUGUUAGUUAUUAUCUUUUCCAAAAAAAUUUUUCAAAGACUGUGCUAAUUUUUUUAGUUAAACGUGUUAUUUAGUCAAUUAAUGUACAAUACACCUCUCUGGAAGUCUUGAAUUUAUUUACAAAUUGUGAAUAUAUAACAAAAUCAUGUCUAGAUAUAAAACUUUAUUUAAGAUAUGAAAUACAACUCGGGAUUUAGUAAUACGAUACCUGUAGAACCGCAACAUCUUAUUGAGGAAUAAAAAAAGACAGCAAUGUUUUCAUUUAAUUAAUCAACUUCUGGUUAUUUUUAAUCUACCUGUAUGUAAGAUAUAGCGACCUAAAGAGGAUGGUUUAAUUUCUUUUCAAGAAUUUUACCUUUAAAGUUAGACCUUUUUUUUGGACCCAGGACUAUUCGAAGGUGUACUUUUGUAACAAUUUCUGAGCACUUGGGUGAAGGAACAGGUGCUGUCUAAUUUUGUUGACCCAGGUUAGUUGCAGCCGGGAUUUAAAUUUCCGAUCUCGGAACGAGCGAUCUACUGAGAAAGCUACCAUGCCGGUGUUUGAAUAAGAAGAAACUGUCAUCAAAGUCAAUUACUUAGUGAAUCCUUUGCUAUUUAAUAUAUGAAUACCAUAAAUGUAUGAUUAAAGCAAAUUAUACCUCCCGCUUGAGGGUAUUUAUAGUAAUUGGGAUGCCCGUCCGUCCUUCUGUCUGUAAGUCCGUUCGUCUGUUACGCUUUGGGGUACCCAAUUCUUAUCCGCAACUCCUCUCGAACCACUGAAUGAAAUUUGAUGAAACUUUUACAGAAUCUUUAUUAUAUAUUCCAUUGUGCACCUCCUAUUUUCACUGGAAGAGGACUUGCUGGAUAGACGCAGGAGGGUUUUGCGCCAACGUAAAGAACGUAUACAUGACGUUAAUACCAUUAGACAUUAUCGGUAUGCAGGUGGAUCUUAAAUAUUGUGGAGAGUCAUCACUGUUACCUGGAGAACAUACUUGCAUAUUGUUGGUGGGCGUGUCACAAGGUAGUACUUCAAGGACACUAUCUUGGUAUCCCAUGUUUUGCCGUUUGCACGUCAUAACGGCCACCUUUCAUUUUUCACGAGACAAUGCCAGAUGACACAGGGCAAGGAUAGUUACAGAUGAUCUCCAAAAGCAGAAUAUCGUUAAUUAUCAUGUAAUGUCAAUAACCUCUUGCUAAUCUCCAAGAACUUACUGCAUCAUUGAAUGGAAUAACCUUCCCCAAAAUGACCUGUGAUGUCUCGUUAGGAGUAUAGCAGAGGUUUUACCCGUUACUGACUCUGUUUUACAAUUGUAGUAAAUUUGCUGUGUGACCUUGUAUUGGUGUCUACCUUUAUUCUGGAGAAUCUGUCCUUUCCUGACUAUUUACAGGGUUUCGAAUAAAUUGGCAAAUGUUUCCUUAAUGCUUUUCAUUUGUUUUCAUUCUGACAUUAUGAUCUGCAUUUCAUCGUCCUUGUAAAUCCAAUAUCCCCUACUUGUUUGAAUAGUAUACUUUGAAAAUAAAGCAAAAGACUUUUU